AUGGGUGCCAGCUGCCGCGCCCUCGGCCACGGCGCCAACGGCAGCGUCGCCCUCGUGAACUACGAGGGCCAGAUGUGCGCACUCAAGGUCGGCAGGAACAAGCGGCAGGCGGCCAGCUUCGAGAAGGAGCGACAGAUGAUGCAGCUCCUGGCGGGCGCUGGCGGCGCUCCGUUCGCCCUGGCCGUGUGCCCGAAGGUGCCCGCCCUGCUCAUGACCUUCCGCAGCGGAACCACGCUCUCCGACCUGCUGAAGGGCGAGGCGCACCUCAGCGACUGGGACCGCCUCAGCGUCGCCUUCAUGCUGACCGCCUCUCUCCAGGAGGUCCACCUGGCGGGCGUCGUCCACGCCGACCUCAAGGCCGACAACGUCAUCGUGGAGCUGAGCGACGCCGGACACCCGGCGGCAGUCAGCAUCAUCGACUUCGGCCUGGCGGUGCCUGUGGGCGGCUGCCACGCCCCUCGCCCGCCCAACAAGGACAAGACGUGGUACUGCGAGUGCUUCUUCUCCGGCGGCGCCAUGGGGCCCUUAUGCGACGUGCAGGGCCUGGGCGCCAUCCUGCAGAGCCUGUGCGAGGGCCUGGAGUACGUGCCGCCGCAGCUGCAGGAGCUCGUUUCGAGGACGUCCUUGGCCGAGCACGCCCUGCGCCCCGGCCUCGAGGAGCUGCUGGCCGUCCUCCGGCGCGAUCUGUGCGGGGAAGAGGAGGAGGACGAGAAGUGUUGA